CUUCCGGAACCCUUGGGGACGCAGAGUUUACAUUACCGUGUAUGAACCGUUACUUUUGGGGGAGUGGCGAGUAGUCUUCUAUAAAGGCGUAGCAGUGAUUCCGGCAAAACUUUAACAGCCCAUUGUUAUUUUAUUAAAUUAGUUGUGUAGUAACAUUUGGAAAGGAACUUGGCGUUUUUAAGAUAUAUAAUGAAGGACAGUUUUGAAGGAAUUGAAAAGUUCGACAGUCCCGGGAAAGGGCGAGGACUCCGGGUCACCAAACAUUUCCAAGUUGGGGAGCUCCUUUUCGUCAGUCUUCCAUAUGCUUACGUUUUGACUGCCAGCGAAAGGGGAUGUCAUUGCGAAUUCUGCUUCACAAGGAAGGAGGGCUUGGCAAAAUGUGGGAAGUGCAAGAAAGCAUUCUAUUGCAAUGUGAAAUGUCAGAAAGGAGACUGGGCGAUGCACAAGCUAGAGUGUGGGGCCAUGACUGCCUUCGGGGAAAACUGGUGUCCAUCUGAUACAGUCCGACUGGUGUCAAGGAUCAUUGCUAAACAGAAAACCCAGAAAGAAAGGAGUAUGUCAGAGAAACUACUAUUGAUUGGAGAGCUGGAAUCACACUUAGAGGAUAUGGACAAUGAGAGGAGGGAGACAAUUGAAGCAGACAUAGCCACCCUUCAUCAGUUCUACUCUAAAAACCUAGAUUUUCCCAACAAAACAGCCCUCUUCACACUCUUCUCACAGGUCAACUGUAAUGGCUUCACUGUAGAAGAUGAGGAGCUGUCUCACAUGGGCGCAGCAAUCUAUCCAGAUGUGGCCCUGGUUAACCACAGUUGUUGUCCCAACGUCAUAGUCACAUACAAGGGGAACAUGGCAGAGGUCCGGGCCGUCCAAAAGAUGGUGCCUGGGGAAGAGGUCUUAACCAGCUACAUGGACCUCCUCUACCCAACAGCAGACAGAAACAAGAGGUUGAGAGAUGUCUACUAUUUUACUUGUGACUGCAAAGAAUGCAAAACCAAAUCUAAAGAUAAGAUGAAGUUGAAGGUGCGUAAACUGAACAAACCUCCUGGACAAGAGGCGAUAAGCAACAUGAUUGGCUACGCUCGGAAUGCCAUAAAAGACUUCCGCUCAGCCAAACACCAGAAAACCCCUGGUGAGCUGUUGGAGAUGUGCCGACUUAGCUUGGACAAGAUGGGUGAAGUGUUUGAGAGCACAAAUGUGUACAUGCUGCAUAUGAUGUACCAGGCCAUGGGAGUGUGUCUCUACAUGGGCGACUGGGAUGGAGCCAUUCAUUAUGGAGAGAAGGUUCUUAAACCAUACAGUGUAAUAUACCCUCCCUACUCCUUGAAUGUGGCCUCAAUAUGUCUGAAGUUGGGUCGUCUGUACAUGGGCCUGGAGCAAAAAUCUCAGGGUAUUGCAGCCCUGAAGAAGGCGAUGGCGAUAAUGGAAGUGGCACAUGGAAAGGAUCACCAGUACCUGGUAGAACUUCGAAAAGAGAUUGGGAUACAGAAAGGAAGUAACCUCGUACACUAAAACUAAACUGAUAUCAAUUCUCUAUAAUACUUUUCACCCAAUGAGAUGCCUAUUGUACAGCUAGUUUAGUCAAAGCCAUUAAGCUUUAAAGGACCCUGUCACAAUGUGUUUAGCAUUGUGAUUGUUGUUUGGUAUUAACUCCUGUGUAGAGUGAGUGCAGAAAACACAACCUUCCUUUGGUAAUGGUCACAGACACUGUCAUACAAUAUGUAUGUAGAAGAAAAAGUACCAAGAACAGGCAUAUAGAGAAAAUAAUGUUUUAUUGCAUAAUAAGCAAGGGUGACAGCUUGGUAAAUAUCAAAAAACUUUAUGGCAAAUGUAUACAAAACAUAUACUGUACAUACAACAUAUAUUGAAAGUUUCUUAGGAAACAUGCCAAAACACAGAGGAAAAUAAAACAGUAACAUUGGAAUGCAAUGUUGGAAAAAUUCUGUUUCAAAACAAGAAGAAGUGCAAUAGAACACUCAUUUGUCAGGAGAAUAUACUUGAAUAUGUAUGAAUACAUAUAUGUACAUAUAAAAAAGCAUGCAUAGUUUAUUCAUUUGCAGUAUUUUUAAGGUACCAAGUCAAAGCAAAACAUUUUACAUCAAUAGAAAUCUAAUCUUGCUACCCAGUAUACAAACAUCAAUUUGGACAUGGGUGUCUUUGCAUCACAACUCACAGAGAUAGAAAAAUGUGAAGACAGAGAAACACUUGGUGAACAUGAAAUGGAUAAAAUUGAGCCACAAAUUCCUAAAAGAGACAUAUUUACCAUUGUUCAAAAACAGACGGUUGGUCACUGAAAGCUUUUUUGGUACGUAUCCCAUGUUGGCUGCUAUAUGGUCUAUAAAACAUAUCUGGUCUGUAAUACAAAAUACCAAUCAGAACAAUGGAUAUACCAUUCAGACACCUUGGAUUGGUCUUGGACUCUAUACUGACACCCAGUGACAACACCAUUCUAUCACAUACCUCAAAUCCUCUUUCCCUAUUAGAAACAAACAUCAGGGCUUUGAAGGUACAACAAUACUGUAACUGUUUUCUCUUAGGGCUCAGUUCUAUCUGUUACCUUAGACAUUCUCCAUUUCAUAUGAACUGCUUUGGAUUAAUCUGAUUAUUGGCAGUUUUGUACCCUGGUUUUUACACACAGUUACGGUAAAAUAUAUUGGCACCCUUGCAAAUUUUCAGCCAUCAUCCAGUAUGCACCUAAAAUGUGUCACAGGUAAGAUAAAUUACACAAAUGUAAUAAUUUUAAUGAGGCCCUUUUUGACUUGUGAAAGUGAACAUUUUUAAAUGUUUGGGUUUGGGUUCAAAUGUAUUUUCAAUUUCAACUCAUAAAAAAGAGAGAAUUGUGCAAAUGUGCUAAUAACAUUGUCUGUAUAUGUGUAAUUUACACACCUGAAUGUCUCAGUCUGUUUUAGCAAACUAGAGCCGUACUGGUGUCAGGGUUAAAGACAGGUAGCAUCUAAAACAUUGGGAACUGUGGUUGUUGGGUAACAUUUAAAGUCAUGAAAAUAACUCAUGUUUCUCUUUUAUGAAAAAGGAUGGGAUGCCUAAAAAAACAGCUUGAGAAAAUACAUGUAAAAUAAAAUUACAAUGCAAAUGUC